CGAAUGUGGCGGCGGCAGUCGGCGGGCGGCCAGACACUGUGCCUGCGAACCCGAGGCCCCGGAGGUCGGGGCGCGCACGGCCGGACUGCCUCGCGGAGCCUUGGGAUGUGAGGAGGAGGGCGACAGCCGUGGCAGAAGCGGUGGCCGAGGUACGGUGGGGACGUCCCCUCGGGAGGCGGGUCUCCGACCCUCUUCCGGCGGCCCCUGCCCCUCCGCUCCGCUGUCUCGGAGAAAGAGGAGGCCGCAGGGUUCUCGGACGUGGAACCGGGGCGUCGUGACCCGCGUUCCCCUUCCCUCGGGUCUCUCUGUCGCGCUGAGUUCGGUGGCCAAAAGCUCAGGCUGCGGAGUCGACCCCCUCUGCUGAGCCGCCCGACCUGCGCUUUCCGCUGCUCCAGUUUUCUGCUAAGUGGGGACCCGCACCUCCCGCCUUGCGGACUUGUGUGACUUGUGAUGUGCAGAAGAUGGCCAAGGAAAGAUGCCUUAAAAAGUCCUUUCAAGAUAGUCUUGAAGACAUAAAGAAACGCAUGAAGGAGAAAAGGAGUAAAAACUUGGCAGAGAUUGGCAAACGGAAGUCUCUGAUAGCCGCGCCAGGCCAGAUCAUCACCAACACUUCUACACUGCUGAGAAACUACCAAGACAACAACAGAAUGUUAGUCUUAGCUUUGGAAAAUGAGAAGUGCAAAGUGAGAGAAGCCCAGGAUAUCAUCUUUCAGCUGAGGAGGGAGUGUUACUACCUCACGUGCGAGCUGUACACGUUGAGAGGAAAACUGACUUCACAAGGAGCGGAAGAACGUGCCCAGGACCAGAAAGUAUGUCCCUCUGGAAUGGACUGCAGUAGUGACACCAACUCCGGGGAUCUGCUUGUGGAGGAUUCACCGCAAGUUCCUCUUCAGGAAGCUGACUUUCCAGGACAAGGAGAAUCAUCCCAAAUAGAAGAGCAAAUACCUACUGUUUCCCAAGACAGACUGGGAUUUGAUUUGGAUUCAGGUGAAGAGAAGUCAGCUGACAGUGUCUUACCUAGAACUGUGUCUCUCCGUCGCAGUCUGAAGAAACCUGUUAAUAAUCUAUGUGAGUUCAGUAGCUUGGAUGAUUUUGGAAUCAGUCAUUUGUCAGAGCAGUCUUUUGAACUGAAAAGAAUUAGAUGUGUACACCCACCAGGAAACAUGCACAUACCUGAAAAUGUAGAACAGAAUGUUUAUCGAUGGAACAAGGAUCAAAUUAACUUACCAUCAAAGCAGAUUCACCCAGGACACUUUACUGAAACAAAAGAGGACAUUUUACAGGACAAAUCUGAACAAACUGAAAACAAGCACAGAGACGCACUAGGAGGAAAAAGAAAAGAGAGAAAAAAAGCUAACAGAAGGAGGAAAUCAAAACCUAUAUCAAAAUAUAAGGGGAGCAAAAGUGAAAAUAAAAAAAACGUUUCCAAAAAAAAGUUGGGUAAAUCUGUCACCUGCAAGGAUGCUUACAAUUUUAAUUUGGAAGAGGGUGUUCAUCUUACUCCUUUCCGACAAAAAACGAGCGAAGAUUCUAAAAGAGAAGAAAACAGCAAUGAAUCUGAAGCGAGCAUCUGUGAAUCCAGCAGCUCCGGUGAUGAUUCUGACGACCUCUAUUUGCCCACGUGCAGGAGCCGUCAGGAUCUCACCAGUGAGUCACAUAAGAGUCCAGUCACCCGGCCUCGAUCUAAAAGAGCACUGAAACAUAGCGGUGAGGAGGAGACAGCGGGCUCUGAGCCAACAAAAACUCCUAGUAGUGCACUACCUGAGACUCGCCGGUCACCUCAUUUUAGCCUGAAGGAUAUCACAAAUGUCCCCUUGUAUCCUGCAGUGAAAGCCAGAAAACUUUCUCUUUCUCCAAAAAAGAAUGUAGAAAGCCCACCAGUGUCUCUGCGCAAGCGCAGGUGCACAGCCAUUGUGAACUAUAAGGAACCCACGCUCGCCUCGAAACUGAGAAGAGGAGACCCUUUUACAGAUUUGUGUUUCCUGAAUUCGCCUAUUUUCAAGCAGAAAAGGGAUUCCAGACGCAGUUCAAAAAAAAAAAGUACGAAGCAGAUACAAUGAACCAUUUGUUGGAUGCUGUUUAAAUU